AUGUCAAAUGAACACGAAAGAGGGGGCCAGCAGUUGUUUAGGGUGUUGGCAGGGAGAUCACAGCGUGAAGGAACUGUUUCGGAUGAUCUGGGAAAUUCAGGCGACUGUGAACACGGAGCAGGGCGAUUCGUUUUUCUGUUCUUUCGGGCAGAUGUCCGUUCGGGCUGGUCAUGGAAUGAUUCGGGUGCCAAAAGCGUCGGAGGGCAACCUAUGAUUCGAAUUGCAAGCAUACAAUACGGCGUGGGCGUGGAUUCCGACAUCUGGUUUGACUCGAAUGGGUUGGGACUGGGAAACACACAUCCGGGGAGUUGGUACAAAGCACACAAGACGACUCUUCUUUUCACACGGCGAAAAAAAAUCACACAAAAAAUCAGGGAUUUGGGGAAUCGGGGUGUUUCUGGAUUCUUACUUUGGGGGGGAUCCGUUUUUCCUUGUCUUUCUGCUACGGGGGGGUUCCACACCGGAAGGUUGCGCCGCAGGAGUUCUUCACUUGCCUUUCCAGCCCUUGACUGCUUCUGGGACACCGGGACGGUCAGGGCUAUAAUGAGGUUUCGUGAUUCUUUUUCGACACGGAAAAGAAGAGGGAAACUUGACCGCAUCAAGAGAGGGGGUUUUGGUCGGGAAAGAUGCGGAUUAGAUCAUCAACAUGGGUUUGCGUUGGAGACGGAUCGGAUGGGACUGUUUUUUCUUCAUAGUUUUGUUUUGGCACGCACGCUUCGCUCAGGAUAG